AUGAGUUUGAAGAAAAGGGUCCUUUCAAUUAACAUUGAAGAGGCUGCUGUGGACUUUUUCAACCAUCUCUUGCAGGAGAAGCCCAGGAUUCCGGUCUUCAUUCCUCUGAUUCUGAUUGCUUGGGCUGUUGAGAGAUGGCUCUUCUCUGCCUCCUCUUGGGUUCCCCUUGCUCUUGCUGUGUGGACUACUAUACAGUAUGGGAGAUACCAACGCAAACUACUUGUGGAGGACUUGGAUAGGAAAUGGAAGAGGAUCAUCCUGAAUGUCUCGCCAAUCACACCAUUGGAGCAUUGUGAGUGGCUGAAUAAGUUAUUGACAGAAGUUUGGUCCAACUAUUUUAAUCCCAAGUUUUCAAUAAGGCUAUCUGCUAUUGUUGAGAAACGUUUAAAGCUCCGGAAACCAAGACUUCUGGAAAGAGUUGAGCUUCAGGAGUUUUCACUAGGAUCAUGCCCUCCUAGCUUGGCUUUGCGAGGGAUGCGGUGGUCAGCUAUUGGUGAUCAGCGAUUUCUGCAACUGGGUUUUGAUUGGGAUACAAAUGAAAUGAGCAUUUUGUUGCUUGCGAAGCUUGCAAAGCCGUUGAUUGGAACUGCUCGAAUUGUGAUUAACAGUCUUCAUAUAAAGGGUGAUCUUCUUGCUACACCAAUCCUAGAUGGAAAAGCACUUCUGUACUCAUUUGUGUCAACUCCUGAGGUGAGAAUAGGCGUUGCCUUUGGAAGCGGUGGAAGCCAAUCACUUCCUGCCACUGAAUGGCCUGUUGUUUCUUCUUGGCUGGAAAAACUUUUUGCUGACACCUUGGUAAAAACCAUGGUGGAACCUCGCCGUCGUUGUUUCACUUUGCCUGCAGUUGAUUUAAGGAAAAAAGCAGUUGGAGGCAUUAUAUAUAUCAGAGUGAUUUCAGCGAAUAAACUUUCUAGGAGUUGCUUUAAGACAAGUAGAAGGCAACCAAAUGGGGCAACCAAUGGUUGUUCAGAGGACAAUUUUGAUGACAAGGACCUUGAGACAUUUGUAGAAGUAGAAGUUGAGGAAUUAACCAGGAGAACAGAUGUUAGAGUGGGUUCAACCCCAAGAUGGGAUGCCCCAUUUAAUAUGGUUUUACAUGAUAAUACAGGAACUCUUCGUUUCAAUCUUUAUGAGAGCCAUCCCAACAAUGUGAGGUGUGACUAUCUAGCAAGUUGUGAAGUCAAGUUGAGGCAUGUUGAAGAUGAUUCAACAAUAAUGUGGGCCAUAGGACCUGAUUCUGGAGUCAUAGCAAAGCAGGCACAGUUCUGUGGCGAAGAAAUUGAAAUGGUUGUCCCAUUCGAGGGCCCCAACUCUGGAGAGUUGAAGGUGAGCAUUGUAGUCAAAGAAUGGCAAUUUUCUGAUGGUUCGCAUAGUUUGAACAGUCUUCGGAGUAGCAGCUCUCAGCAGUCAAUCAAUGGAUCACCAAAUUUUCAGUUAAAAACUGGAAGGAAAAUUAGUGUAACUCUUGUGGAAGGAAAGGAUCUUGCUGCAAAAGACAAAGGUGGGAAAUUUGACCCGUAUAUCAAAUUGCAGUAUGGAAAGGUUGUCCAGAAAUCGAGGACUGUUCAUACUCCAAAUCCUGUCUGGAAUCAGACAUUUGAAUUCGAUGAGAUUGGUGGUGGGGAAUACUUAAAAAUAAAAGGCUUUUCUGAAGAAACUUUUGGAGAUGAAAACAUUGGUAGUGCUCAUGUGAAUUUGGAAGGACUGGUUGAUGGCUCAGUCAGGGAUGUAUGGAUUCCUCUUGAAAGAGUGCGUUCUGGAGAAUUAAGACUUCAAAUAUCGGUUAAAGUAGAUGACCAAGAAGGAUCGAAGGGUUCGGGUUUGGGCUCAGGCAAUGGUUGGAUUGAACUUGUUCUGAUAGAGGGAAGGGAUCUUGUUGCUGCAGAUCUCAGAGGCACAAGUGAUCCAUAUGUGAGGGUGCACUACGGAAGCUUUAAGAAAAGGACAAAGGUCAUAUACAAAACUCUAAAUCCUCAGUGGAACCAGACCUUGGAGUUCCCUGAUGAUGGAAGUCCCCUAAUGCUUUAUGUCAAAGAUCACAAUGCAUUACUACCCACAUCAAGUAUAGGUGAAUGUGUGGUAGAAUAUCAAAGGUUGCCUCCUAACCAAAUGGCUGACAAGUGGAUACCUCUCCAAGGGGUGAAAAGGGGUGAAAUUCACGUCCAAAUUACUAGAAAAGUUCCAGAGAUGCAGAAGAGGCAAAGUCUAGAAUCUGAACCUUCCUUGAGUAAACUACACCAAAUUCCUAACCAGAUAAAACAGAUGAUGAUCAAGUUCAGGUCCUUUAUAGAGGAUGGAAAUCUUGAAGGACUCUCCACUACACUGAGUGAGCUAGAAACACUAGAGGAUACACAGGAAGGGUAUAUAGCUCAGCUGGAGACUGAACAAAUGCUUCUUCUCAGCAAAAUAAAGGAACUUGGCCAAGAGAUCAUUAAUUCUUCUCCUUCCCUCAGCAGAAGAUCUUCUUCAGCUGGAAACUGA